AUGGCACCUCACUGGGAAGAUGUUGUGUCUCAGAAAUGGCUCGUCAGAGACCAGCUCAUCGCUCCAUAUGUAACGGACAAUCUCCUAGAUCGUCCUCCCCAACUCCAGGCCACAGAGCGAAGUCAGAUCAAUUCAGAUCCCAAGGUCCAAGAGAUCACCGAUGUCGACAAUAUUCAGGCACUACUGAAGCAGAUUGAGAUCGGAGAAUUAAAGGCAGAAGAAGUAACUCGGGCGUAUAUCAAACGGUCGGUGGUGGCACAUCAGCUGACAAACUGUCUGACCGAAAUCCUCUUUGAAGAUGCACUAGAACAAGCGCGGCAAUUAGAUGUCGAGUUCAAAGAGACCGGAAGGCUCAAGGGUCCCAUGCACGGGAUACCCAUCACGCUGAAGGACCAGUUCAAUGUCAAAGGUGUCGAUACAACAUUAGGCUAUGUAGGCAGAUCGUUCGCUCCGGCCUCGGAAGAUGCAGCCCUCGUGCAAAUGUUGAAGGGAAUGGGAGCUGUCAUCAUCGCCAAGACUAACUUACCUCAAAGUAUCAUGUGGGCCGAGACGGAGAACCCUCUCUGGGGACUCACAACGAAUCCUCGAAACCCAGCAUUUUCUCCUGGAGGAUCAACCGGAGGCGAAGGGGCCUUGCUGGCCUUGCAUGGCUCCAUACUUGGGUUUGGAACCGACAUCGGAGGAAGUAUAAGAAUUCCGUCGAGUACCGUGGGCGUAUAUGGGUUUAAACCCAGUAGCGCUCGACUCCCGUACCAAGGCGUUCCGGUCUCCACAGAAGGCCAGGAACAUGUUCCUUCGGCUAUCGGGCCCAUGGCCAGAGAUCUCUCCUCGAUCUGUUAUAUUAGCCGGAUGUUAGCGAGCGGCCGGCCGUGGGAAUAUGACCCGAGAUGCACUCCUCUCCCGUGGAACAAUGACGCCUUUGCAGAGGUUCAAGAUAGGCCGCUGGUCAUCGGUCUAAUCCUCGAUGACGGCGUGGUGAGAGUGCAUCCUCCCAUUGCACGCGCACUAAAAGAGGUAUCCGCUGCCUUGGAAGCAAAUGGCCACGAGGUCGUCAUUUGGGACACCUCGGCACAUGCGUCUUGCAUUGAGAUCAUGGAUUUGUUUUACUCCGUCGACGGAUGUGAGGAUAUCAGACGCGACAUCGAGGCUGGCGGCGAGCCGAUGAUUCCCCAUGUCGAGGCACUGGUCAAUCGUGGCAAGGCCAUCUCGGUGUACGAGUAUUGGCAACUGAAUAAGCGCAAGAUUGCAGUGCAAAAAGCAUACCUGGACCAAUGGAACGCAACACGCUCUCGGUCUGGUAGGCCUGUGGAUGUCUUGUUGAGUCCUACUUUGCCGCACACAACCGUACCCCAUCGGAAGAUGAAGUGGGUUGGGUAUACAAAGAUUUGGAACCUGCUUGACUAUCCUGCGGUAACCUUCCCCGUGGACAGAGUGAGAGCUACAGACGUUGCACCAGAGUACACUCCCCGAAACGCCGUCGAUGAAUGGAAUUGGAAUCUUUACGAUGUAGAUCAAGUGGAAGGCUAUCCGGUGAAUCUGCAAAUCAUCGGAAAGAAACUACACGAGGAAAAGGUGCUAGGAGCUGCAACAGCUAUUGAGAACCUCUGGAAAGCCCAUGUCAGUUCCUCCUGA